AUGCCGUUCAUCCUCUCACACGAUCCCGCCAGGCGGCCUCGCCUGCUCGUCAUCAACCCGAACGCGACAGAGGCAUUUACAGAGAGUAUCCGGAACACGUUGAAUGCCGACGUCGAGCUCGACUUUUACACUGCGCCGGCCGCCCAUGCGCCUCCUUGUAUCGAGGGAGUCACGGACAUGAUCCUGUCGGCCGCAGCGUGUCUCGUCGAAUUACGCGCACACGUCGAUAAGUGGGAUGGCUUUGUGGUCGCGUGCUUCUCUGGCCACCCUCUAGUGCAGGCGCUUCGCGAGUUGAGCACCGCUCCCGUCGUGUCCAUUCUCGAGGCAUCGCUUCUUAUGGGGAGCAGUCUCGGUUCGCGCGUUGGUAUCCUCACCACCUCGCCGCGGUGGGAACCUCUACUCGAGCGCGACAUUGCCGCAAUGGGCUUGAGCAAGAAGAAUUCCGCAGGUAUCGUGUCCUCUGGCUUGGCGGUGCUCGAUCUCGAAGAACUGCCACGCAGUUCAGUCAUCAAGGUCCUCUGUACGGCAGCCGCCGACGUGCUCCAGGACCGCCGGGGCGCCGACGUAAUCAUCCUAGGAUGCGCUGGCAUGGUUGGUCUCGAGGCUGCAAUAGCCGAUUCGUGCCAGCUAGGCUUGGUGGUGCUCGACCCCGUGCGGUGUGGACUCGAGUUGUGCCUCAGUCUCAUGCGCAUGGGUGCCAAGACUAGCAAGGUUGGCAUCUAUGCGCCGGCUUGA